CGACCUCGCUCCUCCCGGCCCCGGCCCCGAGGCGGGCGCUGCCCAUGGGGAGCGCGGCCCGUCGGCCGCCCGGCAGCACGAGACCCCGGCGCUCGGCCCCGGCCCGCGGGGCGUGCCUGGCCCCGCCAUGCCCGCCUGGGCCAUCCUGCCCGUAAUGCUACCCGCCUUCACGAUCACCGGCAUGUGGAUCGUGGCAGCCAGGGGAAGGCAGUGUGCAGUGCCCUGCAGGCAGCCCCGGAGCAGUGCCCAGGUUCAUAGCCGUGACUCCGCUCUCAUUUUCCAUAGGAACUACAACCAGUCGUGCGGCCUGGACAGCCCCGGCUCCUGCUGCACUCUGGAUCACAUCCCACUGGUCAGCAAGUGUGGCACCCUGCCUCCUGAGAGCUGCUUCUUCAGCCUCAUCUGCAGCCUGGGCUCCUUCAUGGUGAUCCUGGUGGGGCUGCUUAGGUACGCCCAUGUCCUGGAGCACGUUGGGCCAUCGCUUCUCAAUACCCUGGGGCUGGCUGCCGGCUGGAUCUGUGCUGCUGGGCUCACAAUGGUGGGCAACUUCCAGGUGGAUCACGCCAAGGUGCUGCACUACAUUGGGGCAGGGGUGGCCUUUCCCACCAGCAUGCUGUUCGUCUUCCUGCAAUCCGUCCUCACAUACCGUGCGGCCAAGACCCGCGGGCACUACUGGACCGGCCACCUGCGCAGCAUCCUCACGGCCAUGGCUUUUGUCACCCUCGUCUUGGGUGGUGUGUUCUUCAUCCAGGAGAGCUUCGUGCUGCAGCAUGUGGCUGCCCUGUGCGAGUGGGUGUUCAUCAUUGAUGUCCUAGUCUUCUAUGGCACCUUCACUUUUGAAUUUGGGGCCAUCUCCACAGACACCUUUCUGGUGCUGCUGAAGGCAAGCCGGGCCCCCAAGAGCCACAAAGGGGAGGACAGCCUGCCUGGCGCAGAGGGGCUGCCCAUGCUUUGAGCUCCGUGCCACGAGCAUCUCCCUAUCCAGUGCCUCUGGGUGCAGUGUGUGUGUGUGCGUGCGUGUGCACGUGGUGCUCUGUACUGCCCUCCCACCUGGGUUGCAGCCCCAGUUCCCCAGUCCCUGCCCAAGGGCUGGGCCUGCCUCUUCUCGGCUGCCAGACACAAUCAGGAUCCCUCUGCCCAGGCUCUGGCCAUUGGCUUCCCUGGGAUGUCUCUGUACAUUCCACGCUCCUUAUCAGCCAGCAUGGGAGGCCUUGCAGGGCAACAGCUUCUUGGGGUGUGCAAGUCUUGUAUGGCCCCUGCUGUUCCCGGGGCUCGUGGGAGGGCGCUGAGUGGGUGUGUGUGGACAUAGAGCUACGUAUAUGUAUAUAUAUAUGUAUAUAUACACAUACUAUAUAGUUUUCCCUGUCCCUUGAGAGGGGUGGUUGCUGCUGCUGUGCGCGUUGAUCAGGUCGUGCUUUCCGACCAGCUCACAAUCGGCCUAGAACCCACCGGUAUGUGUAGUUCAAAGAGGAUUUUUAUAUAUAAUAUAUUAAAAAAACCCAACAAAACACAAA